AGAUAAAGAAAUCUUGAACAAACACAGCUCGGGACGAGAGAGAGAGAGAGAGAGAGAGAGAGAGAGAGAGAGAGAGAGAUAUCUUGGCUAUGAAGCGCGAUUAUCAAUCUGUGGUCGGCGAGUCGGCGCCGACACGCCCCUCUUGGACUCGGUCGGAGAACGAAGUAUUUGAGGAAGGGCUUGUGCAGUUCCCCGAGGGAACGCCAGACCGGUGGGAAAAGAUCGCCGGGCUUCUUUCGGAGAAGUCGCCGGCGGAGGUGCAGGAGCACUAUGAGGCGUUAGUUUUUGAUGUGGACGAGAUCAAACCAGGCCGGACCGAGAUCCCACAUUACGCGAACGAUCCGUCGGCGAGUAAGGACUCCGGAUCGAGUCAGACUUGUUUGUUUACGAGGGGACUCGGAUCCAAGUCGAAGUCGAAGUUGAAAUGGAAGCCGAAGAGAAGCCCCCUGGGGAGUACAAUUGAUAGCAGCGAGGCUCCUCCGCCUUCAACCAGCGGCAGCCCCGCGGACCAGCCCUCGCCGUCGCCGGAAUUGCAGCCAUCAACCCCAUAAACCCGCAUGACGAUGAUAAUAGCAGCCACUUCAUCUGUACAUUGUUUUUCGUUUUUCUUUUAUUUUGGUGCUGUAUUCCCAUCCAAUGUAUUUCUUCAUGUUUAGGAACCGUUAUCUUUAGAAUUUGAAUAUGUUUAAAUUCAAACAAAAUGCAAUAAAUUUUUUUUCUCAAUUUAGUUCAACAAA